CGAACAAGAUAUCAGCAGCCCAACUGUUCUCCACCGACAAUUCAACCGAACUGUCCAACCUGUUGCAUCGAAGAACAUCACCAUCUGACAAGAUGCUCGCAAAAUUCGGCCUGUGCGCGGUCUUCCUUGUCCUGGGGACUGCCGCCACCUUCGACACCGACCCGGAGGAAGCUUCUCCUCGCCGUGCACGCUUUUCAUCCAACAGCCCCUCGGAUGUGGCUAGGUGUUUGAAUGGUGCUCUAGCCGUGGGAUGUGGUACGUUUGCCUGCCUGGAGAAUUCUACCUGUGACACUGAUGGCAUGCACGAUAUCUGUCAACUGUUCUUUCACACCGCAGCUACCUUUAACACACAGGGUAAGACGUUUGUAAAGGAGAGUCUGAGGUGUAUUGCCAACGGUGUCACGUCUAAAGUCUUCCAGACCAUCAGGCGCUGUGGAGUCUUCCAGAGAAUGAUCUCUGAGGUCCAGGAGGAGUGUUACAGUAGACUGGACAUCUGUGGUGUGGCUCGCUCUAACCCUGAGGCCAUCGGAGAGGUGGUGCAGGUCCCUGCACACUUCCCGAACAGGUACUACAGCACUCUGCUCCAGUCCCUGCUAGCCUGUGAUGAGGAGACAGUGGCUGUGGUCAGGGCAGGGCUUGUUGCUAGGCUGGGGCCAGACAUGAGACUCUCUUCCAGCUGCGAGAACAAACACUGCCCCCAGGUUCUAACCAGGUCCUAACUCUGCCACCGCUGGGCUGCGCUGCCAAUGGGGUCGCCUCCUUCCUUCAAGAUCCAGCCCAGCAUGAGAGGAAGAGACCCCACCCACCUAUUUGCAGGAAACGCUCUGUGGAGGCAUUGGAGAGAGAGAUGGAGUAGAUUGGAGAAGAGGAGACAGACAUACACACCACUUAUACCUUAAGCAUACAUUCAUGUACACACACACACACACACACACACCACACACCACACACACACACACACACACACAAC